UACGUCAAUUUAGUCAAAUUAGGGACAAUAACAAAAGUGUUAUUAUAGACUCAGUUACAUUUUGAGUUUGGUUCUCUUAUCUAUAUGAAUAUUUAAUCUAAUCGAAAAUCACUCGUUCUGUCUCGUUAAAUAUUAGUUGUUGGAAUAGAGUCGACGUCUUUCAAAUAAGAAAUUGUUCAGCUCGGCAUUGAGUGUAUUUUUCUCGCUACGUUUUGAUUGUUUCGAUGAGUCAUUUUUAAAGAAUUCUUCUAAUUGCUGUGAAAAAUGACGGAAAUUGAUGGUAAAGUACCUCCGAAAACCAUCGAGGAAUUAUACAAAAAUCAUGAAUUUUACAUUGGCCUUGGACUAGCGGUGUCGUCGAGUGUAUUCAUCGGAUCGAGUUUUAUAAUCAAGAAAAAGGCUCUGAUCAAAUUGAAUCGAAUCGGUGGACUGAGAGCAUCAGCUGGUGGAUUUGGUUAUUUGAAGGAAUGGAUUUGGUGGGCUGGACUACUAACAAUGGGCAUCGGAGAAGCAGCCAAUUUCGCUGCUUACGCAUUCGCACCAGCUUCAUUGGUAACACCGUUAGGAGCACUGUCCGUUCUAGUAGCGGCGGUGAUGGCAUCGAAAUUUCUCAACGAACGUCUGAACUUAUUGGGAAAACUGGGCUGUUUACUCUGCGUCCUUGGAUCAAUUAUCAUAGUACUUCAUUCGCCCAAAGAAGUGGAAGUUGAGGAUCUAACGGUGCUGAUAACAAAACUACAAGACGCGACAUUCAUCAUUUAUGUUGUCAUCGUGCUCAGUGUGUCAUUAUUCAUAUCACUGUACGUUGGACCGCGGUAUGGCCACAUAAAUGUAACCGUUUACAUAGUUCUGUGCGCGUCGAUCGGAAGUUUAACCGUUAUGUCGUGCAAGGCUCUGGGCCUAGCGAUACGAGAUACAAUUUCGGGAAAAUCUAACGACUUUGGCGAAUGGCUACCGUAUUUUCUGAUUAUCACGACAGCCGUGUUCAUUGCCAUUCAAAUGAACUAUUUGAACAAAGCGUUGGACAUUUUCAAUACAGGAAUCGUUACACCCAUUUAUUAUGUGAUAUUCACGUCCUUGGUGAUUGUGGCAUCUGCUAUUCUGUUUAAAGAAUGGGUGCAUAUGUCCGUGGAAGAUGUUAUCGGAGAUAUUUGUGGAUUUUUUAUUGUUAUCGUUGCGGUGAUACUGUUGAAUGCCUUCCAAAACAUGGACGUUUCGUUGAACGAUAUCCGAACAAUUAUGCGUCCGCGGCGUGAUAUGGUAAAUCGGGCAAGCAAUGAUACGACGUACACAUUGGAUAAUGUGUUGGUGCGACAGAAUUCGAAAGAUAUUAAGAAUGGUUAUGGGACGAACAGUGAUUUGUCGCGGAAACUAUGACUAAAGUACAAUCAGUAAAAGUGUUAAAUACUGAUUUCGGAUGCACAUUUUUAGAUUAAGAACCAUUUUCGUUUCGGGUAACAAUAUACUGACUCAUCGAUUUUAUUAAUUAUAGUAAGCACAUGCAAAAAAGAACAUCUUUUUAAGAACAACUCGCAUUGUAAGUUAAGAUACCAAAAUAUAAAUUCGAAUUUUUUUAUUUUUA